AUGAUAUACAUAGCAUCAACCCCUACCCGCAGCACCCGAUCAACGCCGGCGUCAGCCCACCGCGAACAAGCAUCCGAGGUGCUAAGACCAACAUCGAAAUGUCCUUUUGUCCGCGGACAAUCAGCACCCGAACAACCGAGAGGAGCAACCUAUGAUCCAUUGUGUGUCACGAAUUUUCUUGAAAAAUCAAACCUGGAAUUUUCAGCUUCAGAUAGGAUUCUUGUGCCCGAUCAGUGGAAGGCUUCUGUCGACCACAAAAUCGUUGAUGACACAAUAGAUCUUUUAGUACAAGCCACUUAUGUUCAUAUAUCCCUUCCCACCACAGACAACUUUUUUGAGCUACUGACAUGGUGUUAUGUCCUCGACCAAAAAUCCUUUGGCAAUCCUUUAGCAUGGUGUUAUGUCCUCGACCAGUAUGAGCUAGCAGAGGAAUAUGCAGAUGAUGAUGAGGACAAGGAUGCCAUUGGCAAAUUGAGAAAGCGCGUCUUGAAACGGUUAAGGAAUCAAGAUAAACUUAUAUCUGAGUGGGGAUUUGAGCCACCCAAAGAGUGUUCUCGAGAUGAAGCAACAGCCAAAUACACGGAAUUCUUGAUGGAGACAGCCUCGGGUAAAAUCGUGGGAGAGAAAUUCUCUGUUAAUAUUGUUACACCUUUUGAGAAGACUAAACUUGCUGCCUAUACUCUGAGCGUGAUCUCUCCAUGCAUGAGGCUCUAUUCUUUUAUCAGUAAAGAGAUCCAAGCUCUUCUUGACCCCAACGAGAGUAAUCACGUCUACAAAAAGUGGCUCGACAGUUUAUCCUCUCAAAAGUUCGAGGCAUCGGCAGCAAGAAUUGAGGACUUGCUCGACAAAUUGAGUGUAUCUUUGACUGGGGAAGAAUUAGAUGUGGUGGAAAGGCUUUACCAUCGAGCCAUGAAGCUCGAGUUAGAGUUCAUAUGGUCUCAACAAGUUGCUCAGAAAACCAUACUCCCCUUUUCGCGUCUCCACAAGCCCGAUUAUGCCGGCCAGGAGGGUAAUCUUGUCAUUUUUUGCGACUUUGACCUGACGUGCACAGCCAUCGACUCUUCUGCUCUAUUGGCUGAGCUGGCAAUACUGGCGGCAACCGAUGUUUGUGAGUCUGAGGAUGUUCGGUCAACUUGGAACGCUCUUUUCAGCCAGUAUGUGGAAGAAUAUCAGCAAUGCAUUGAUAAAAUUAUGUCGGUUGAAGCAGGAAUUGAGCAAUUUGAUCGAGGUAAUGGACUCAAUUAUGAAGGUCUAUGCAAAGCACUAGAGCAAAUAUCGGAAGUCGAGAAAGAUGCAACCUCAAGAAUGGUGCGUAGUAAUGUGUUGAAAGGUCUAAAUCGAACGGAGGUUAAAAGAGCUGGCGAGAAACUGGCUUUUCAAGAAGGAUGUAAAAAAUUCUUUGAGGAUUUGAAGGAAAGUAAGAAUCCGAGGAUGGAUGUUCAUGUGCUGUCAUACUGUUGGUCGGGUGAUCUUAUCAAGUCUGCUUUUUCAUCAGAUGAGCAAAUUACGUUAAAUGUACAUUCCAACGACUUAGUUUAUGAAGAAUCUAUCUCCACGGGCAACAUGAUCACAAAAAUGGAAUCACCUAUGGACAAGCUUCGUGCAUUUAAUGACAUUGCAAAAUCGAACACAAAUAAUACUAAGACAUCCACAGUUUACAUUGGAGGUUCGGUUGGUGACUUGCUCUGUCUGUUAGAGGCAGAUAUUGGCAUUGUCAUAGGCUCGGGAACAAGCCUAAUGAAGCUGGGGAAUCACUAUGGUGUCUCGUUUGUCCCGUUAUUCUCUGGUUUAGUAAGUAAACAGAGAGAACUUACGGAAAUUGGCGUUUUUAAUACAAAGGGUACGUCUAAUAUUCUUUAUACGGUUUCGAGUUGGGAUGAAAUUUACGCGUUCAUUUUGGGGAAGUAAUAAAAAUUUACAAGCAUAUCCUUGACGUCCAUCCUUGAUAUAUAGCUAUAUAUAUGAGCAUAUAUUAAAAGCUCAUAUCUAUAUGUGUGUGUGUGUGUAAUACAAGUUCAUCAUUAAUAUUUGAGUCCCAUUAAUAAUUUAUUUCUGUUUUCUACAAAUUGGAUUCUGUCAAAGAUAGUUUUUGUAAUUUGUCGGAUUGGAGCAAGUCAGAUUUUUUUCAAAGGUAAUUUGUGUUAGAAAGAGUAUUUUGAUGGUAAAGAGGUCAGUCCUCGAUCUAUUUUUUCUGUCUUGACAACUUAGCUGGGCUGGGGCAAUUUAUGUCAGGUGGAUUUUUUCNUUGUUUUGGUGAUUUUUUAU